GAGAUGGCCGCGCUGGCGCAUGGUGCCCGGUAGCCCCCUUUUACUAUGGGCCUUGAACAGAGCGCGGCCAGCCCACGCGGGGCUGCUAACCCACGUAGUUUUCCUGUGGUCAAAAGGCUGAGCUGCUGGAGGGCCCUCUUCCCGAAACAGUCCCUCUCCCGCAGUGAAGCCAAAACAAGCCUUAGCCCGAGCGAAGUGCUCGUGGUUGGGGUUGGUUGGUUGGUCAGAAGUGCGAGGGUGAAGUGGUGGAAGAGGUGACAAAAGUUGUGUGGGGUGAGUGCCGCCGAGAAAGUAACGUGGGUGGCUGUACCCACGAGCGUGUCUCGUCAAAGCAGUGAGGGCUGUCGUGUUUCAGCUGAAGCGUGGCUUCAGGUGUCUUUUUUGAUCCCCGAAUGUGGCAUACUACCUGAAAUGCUGAAAAGUACGAUUGCAGAUGUUGGAGAGUACUAUCUGGUGAGGAAUUUAUUGCUUCAUGAAUUGGUCACUCAUGAAUUCAUUGAUACUUUUGUGAAGAAAGGUUCAUGCUACGCGCUUACCUAUAACACAAAAAUUGAUCAAGAUAAUACUGCAGCUCUGCUACCAACUGGAAAACUAAUUCUAUCAGUGGAUAAGGAUACUUAUGAAGAGCUUGGACUGCAAGGUCGCCCUUCUCAGUAUUCUGGCAAAAAAGUAAUGAGACAUAUUAUAACUAUUGAUUUGACGGAUUCCAGCUUUCAUCCUGAUAGUAAGAAACAUAAAAGGGUGCUUUGGGCCUUGAAAGAAAAGAAACCUUUAGAAUUUGACUUCCUUCUGGCUUGGUCUAAUACAGGUGCAGAGGGAUCAACAUUGAUGUCAUACUUUCCCAAAAACCAAAUACAGGCUCUGAAGCCAAAAAUAACAUUCAGCACAUUAAGAGACUUGCAGUGUCCAGUGUUACAAAGUAACGAAUUACAAGGAAAGCCAGAAGAGUCAUGCAGUACAGAGGAACUGUUUGAAUGGUUAGGGGCUGUCUUCAGUCAAGUUAGCUUAGACAACAAAUCUUCUAGUUUUUUAUCAACCUACUGCUGUCCUCAGCCAAAUACAAUAGUGGAACAAGCUUUUUUGUGCACAAUCACAGGGUUCAUAAUUCCUGAGAAGAUAAUUCAGUUGUUGGAGAAACUGUGCUGCUAUUUUGAUGAACCAAAACUGGCACACUGGCUGACCUUAACUGUGCAUGGCUUUGCAGACAGCCCUGUUUCCUGGAGAGAAAGCGAACAUGGUUUUCACAAGGGAGGAGAAAACUUGUACAACUUUGUUGUUUUUAGAAACCUGGACUAUUGGCUUCAGAUGGCUGUAGGAACAAAUGACGCUUGUCCUCCAUGAAGCUCUGUCUACAGAAAAAGCAUUCUAAUAAUUCCAUGUUAUUGUGUAGAAGCCUAGUAAGAUACUUUUUUAUAAAAUGUAUGGAAUAAUAAGUACUACAAGGAUGUGUAUAUUUUUUCUGUUACUUAUAGCUCUUUAAAGGUGACCUACAAUGAAAUGAAUAGAUUUUUAUUUCUUAAUAGCCAUACAAUGCCUUCUGAAAGAUCACAAUAUUAGCUUUUAAGAAGAUUUUUGGAAAGUUUAAGUUGUUCUCAGGAAUUGACUAGAGGUAGUAUUUCUUUUUGUCUGGGUGUCAUUUUAGAAGUUGGAAGUUAUGUUUCCAGAUUUUUAGCUAAAAUACUUGGGAGAGAAGCUCACUUUAGGACUUACUGUUUUCAUACUUUACAUUAAAGAUCUGUAAAAACUUUUAAGUCACGUUUAAGACAUUUCAGCCUACCUGCUGGUUUAAAAAAAAAAAAAAAAAAGCGUCCUCCAUAAUUUGGGAGGGGAAAGGAGGAGAGGGGAAGUGAGAAGGGAGGGUGUGUAAGAGUGGGAGGAGCACCCAUUGAACAUGGCAAAAGCAAAGGCAACAGACCUGCUUUGUUUUUGUAGAUCACUAUUACCAUAAAGAAGAAAUUGAUUUUUAGCAGUGAUAUAAAAGAAUCUUCCUCACUUUUUAAUCAACAGCCUUCCUACACAGACACAUACACCCUACAUCUCUACUUUUAAAAGCAGCUUGCGAUUCUUGCUUGCAGGGCAACUUGAGGAGCUAAAACUUCAUCAGUUAUUGGAAGGUGCUUACACUUUGGGAAGAACAUGAUGGACCUACCCUCAAGGAGUCCAGUUGAAGUGAAACAGCUCUCUUUAAAGAUAAGCAGUUGUCCUAAGAGCAUAGGCGGUGCUCAAGAAAUCAGUUUAACUUUUGCUGAGGUCCAUGGAACUAUUUUUUUUUUUUAUGGAGAGGGCAUGUAUCAUUAAAGUAUCAAUGCAGUACUACAAUAGAAGCUGUUCACUUGCUAGCUGGAGAGAUUGGUAGCAGAAGUUAGGGCGUAGCUGUAGUGGAAACAGUAAGAUCUGCCAUCAGAAUAAGCAGCACAGAAAGGAGAGAGCUCACUGGAAGGAGUUAAGUAAUUUAUUUAUUUAUUGCUUCUAUUUAGUGAGAAGAAUCAUCCUGGAUGAUUUACUGGAUGGUAUUUUGUGUUUGUCAUGCACCUCCAGUAAACCUAAUCCCUUUUGCUCGAGUUCUAUUAUAUGUUUCACAAACAUGCAACUCUAACAAACCAGCAAACAGUUUUCUAAAUAACUGCAUUGUUUUUCAAAAUUAUCCCACCAUGAUGUGUUUCUAAUGGGUUACUAGGAAUAGAAGUGCCAUCUUGUCACACAUACAGAUAUGCACUCACACAGGAGAUCACGAAUUGAACAGAGGAAAAGAAUUUGGGAAAAUGUUUGACUUAACGCUUGACUAGUAAAUAUUUAACAUGGCUGGCUCAGACAUUACUGUAUGUUUCAUGACUAUGCAUCGGUGCAAAUUGCUUCAGUUGCUGGCUAAAGUCUGCUUUUGAAAGUCUCUCGUGAGAGAUUAUGCCACAUUUCUGCCUUCACAAAAGAGGUUUUAGUAAGCAGAAGUGUUUUCCUUUUUCCUCUUGAUCUUAAAAGCUUGACUUUCUGGGAAGUUAAACCUGCAGCAAAAGUAAUAAUAUAAAGUUAAAAAUCUAAAUCUUUAUGAAAAGUUGGAUAAUGGGAAGUAUUUGUAAGCGAAUGUUGUCAUCUUUCUGUCAUAUUCUGAUAAACUGAUUUUUUUUUUUCCCUCAAGCAAAAAUGGGAAUGCUCACUUGUUCUGAAAAGCUGAUACUUAACCUGCUUUACCACCACAAUCUCACACAACUGAAAAGUGUAUUGCAUAUUAUUUUAAAAAAAGAUUACCUUCUGAAACUAAAAAUCAUAGAUCAGUGGGUUAAUUUCCCAUAUUAACUGAGAGAAAGGCCUAAAGUCUUAGGCAUGUGCUUCAUAGUACUCCCAGCAGGAGCACAGCUGCUUUUGGCCUUAGCUCUCAAACAAUGCAGUAUGACCAGGUGAAAUGAGUUUUCUAAGAGGGAUCCAGUUACAUAGCACUUUAGGAUAGUUGAUGAGGUAGCUGUUGCAGAAGUGUUAGUGGAUAAACUGUAAUAGCCUCAUUGAGAAGUCUCUGGAAGGAAAGAAGCUCAGAAACAGACUAAUAGUUUUCCUCAGCAUGUGCGUAUUGAGAUGAGUCUUUUAUGGAUAUCUUGUCAGAUUGGCCAGCAGUUCCCUCUGCCUCCUAUGUAUGUAAGUGAAGGACUGUACAAAUGUUUCUCAAAGCUCAGUGUAGUAGGCAGAGUCAUUUGGGCAUACUGCUUCCUGCAAUUCCUAGUCCUCUUCAGGUGGUCAUUUUGAAUGGCUUUUCUAACUACGGAAGGGAUGAAAAUACUGUACUAGGUCUGAAUCCUGUAACUUAAAUUUGAAAUGCUGAGUUUAUUAGCUUUUUUCCUGUUUUUUUUUUUUAAGCUUGUAGGAAGUAUCAUUGAAAAUCAUGUCCACUUAACAGUGACUGCUGUUGGCCUGCUCUUAGGCUCUGUGAGAUGAUACUACAUUAACUAGAUCCUUGCUUUCCUAGCAGGGUCCUAGGUCUGCCUGUCUCAGGAGACAGGGUUUUCUGUGCUUACUGGGCCUUGUUGCACAGUAGAGAAACUCAGUGUAAGUGGAACUGGCCACCUGCACAUCGCUGUGACCUGAGUAAAGAUGACUGGGGGCUAGCAGCCUGUUUCCUACUGUCUGUAGGGGCAGAUUGAAUACUUUGGGGAGGAUACGUGUCUUCCUUGCCCUGGAAAUUCUCAAAGAUGGGUUAGUCUCUCCCUGGAGAAAGGAAUACAGAGUCAUUGCUGACAGGCUUGGGGGAAUGGAUUGAAGGAAAGAGCUGGGAAUGGGCCAGGUGAGCAGUAGUUCAAGGAAGAACUGGACAGGUACAUGAGGUGUAAUCAAGUUUUGCGUGAGAAUGGAAGACGGCUGCUGGUGGUGUUCUCACCCUUUGUGUCUGACUGAGGAAGGGCAGGAAAAUCCAAAGGCUUCUUGAGAGCUGUAAAUGUAAUGGAGAGCAGCUGCGCUCCAGCUGCUUCUGAGAUCAAAGGGCUGAGAAGUUUGGCCUCUGGGGAGUGUUUUAUCUAACAUGGGGAAGGAGAGCCAAAUAUUUGAAUAGGAAGACAUUCCUUCGUCUUCCAGCUUGGGUUACAUGAGGAGUAGAGGUUUUUAUUGUCUUGGUAUCUGGACAGAGUGAUAAGACGCUCCUUGAGUGCUAGGGAGCCAAUGCUCUGCUUUAACCUCCACCCUUUGCUGAGCUGUGCCUGCCUUCCUCUCAUCUGCUGGAAGGAAAGGGAAUUUUACUGGGGGUUUACUGGGGGAUAUUGGAAUGAACUGGGAAUGGGCCACAAAGAUCAUGUACUUCCUUCGUGUCCCAUAUUUGAAUAAGUGGUUAUAUGCAUUCAGAAACUGGUGGGUGUGGAACAAAUGAAAAACAAGCUCUCUUGGUGGUAAUGCGUAGAUAAAAGCUGAGGCAGUUGGAUAACGUGUCAUGCAAAGUCAUUCUAAGUAGAAUAUAUUUGCUUUUUCAUUUAGCCUUUGCAAAUGCUAACUGAGUCAGGAACCUCUCUGGAGAACUAAAGGUAUGUGUGACUGAUAAUGGCAGGAACGUGAGUUAAUUUUGGUGAUACUGUUCUGUGUGAAGAAGGUAAUGUUAACAUGGGGGAUCUAAGAAAAUUAGAGAUAAGGGUGUGAACAAGAAUUUUCACUGUCAGGUUCUAGAGAUGUGGUGGUGGUAGAGCGAAAGCAGCAAGAUUUGGCAUGGCUUAUAUCUGGGGAAUGCAGGAGCGACAAGAAUGAAUACUAACCUAAAGCUGCUUGAAAGGGAGGUGAUAGGGCUUAAUGGUAGUGGAAGCAUGAGCUUUGUUUUGGCUGUAGUGUGCUGUGGUUUAUGAAGAAAUAUCCAUUUUGGAGAGGCUA